AAUUGCUGUUUUCUUUUAGAAAUGAUUUUAAUUAAUUUUACUAUUACAGAUGUGAAUUUUGACAACGACACAUCAGAUGGAACGACGCCGACGCUAUCUAAUAGUACGAGUAUUUACGAUACAUAUGACUACUUUAUACAUCCACACUGGAAACAGUUUGGCCCAAUCCCUGACCACUGGCAUUAUAUGGUGGGGAUAUACAUAACCAUUGUAGGGAUUACCGGAAUAGUUGGAAAUUCAAUAGUCAUAUGGAUUUUCAGCACGACUAAGCAGCUAAAGACACCCUCCAAUAUGCUGAUAAUAAAUUUAGCCCUGAGCGACUUUACAUUCUCUCUAGUUAAUGGUUUCCCGUUACUAACCAUAUCAGCCUUCAAUAAAAAGUGGAUGUGGGGUGACGUAGCUUGCCAGUUUUACGGUUUUAUCGGUGGCUUGUUCGGCCUGAUGUCCAUCAAUACACUGGCUGCUAUAUCUAUUGACAGAUACAUUAAUAUAGCUUACCCUCUAACGUCUGUUAGAUUCAUGACCAAGAAAAAUGCGCUCAUGAUGAUUGGUAUAGUUUGGAUCUGGUCGCUUAUUUGGGCUGUUCCGCCUAUAUUUGGAUGGGGAGCAUAUAUACCAGAAGGCUUUCAAACGUCUUGUACAUUUGAUUACCUAACCAGAUCUGUAAACAAUCGUUCUUACAUUUUCGGUAUGUACAUUGGGGACUUUGCACUUCCGCUUGUUAUAAUUAUCGCUUGUUAUGUAUUGAUAAUACAAGCAAUCCGAAAUCAUGAAAAAGAAAUGAUAAUAAUGGCAAAGAAACUGAAAGCAGAUGAUAUUCGAAAGAACCAAGAGAAAACAAGAGCUGAAGUCAGAAUAGCAAAAAUAGCAAUGGGUAUUUUCCUUCUCUAUAUGCUAUCAUGGAGUCCUUAUGCAACUAUUGCAUUAAUUGGCCAAUUUGGACCAACGAAUUGGGUCACUCCUUUGCUUUCCGAACUUCCCGUUUUGUUAGCAAAAGCAUGUGCUAUGCACAAUCCUAUUGUUUAUGCAUUCAGUCAUCCAAAAUUUAGAGAGGCAUUGUCUAAGCGAGUCCCUUGGCUAUCGUGUUGUUUUAAACCUCCGAAGAAAUCAGUGAAAUCAACGACUGGAUCUGUCACGCGAGCACCGAAAAAACGUCAGGCUAGUCGAGUUACAAGUGCAGAUACGGCAGAACCACGUGACAGUAUCAGUGAAGCGUCUAGUUGUGUAAGCAAUCUUGAUGAUUCGGUGUUUGGUCCAUCUGUCCAAAUGAACCGAACCAUCUCAGAAAUGGUACCAAAUGGUGAUUAUGGCGAUGUUGUACGUGAACUGGUACGUGCAUUAGUAGGUGUUGCUUGUCAACAACCAUUCCUUCAACCUAUCUACAUGUCAAAUAUGUCUAGUCCGACUGGAGAAAAUGUGGGUUCUCAAAAUCAAGCUUUUACUCCGACUGGAGAAACUAUAGGUUCUCCAAAUCAAGCUUUUAGGGCAUCACAGAGCGAUAUUUCUUCAUAUUUAACCAAUUUAAUGACUGCCAGGAACCAAAGUGGAGAUGUAAAUACUGACCAAAGUAGGGCACCAAUAGCACAAAUUGACGAAGCAUUUAAACUUUUAAAAGAUGACAGCAAAACUGACCUCCUUGAAAGCAGUGCUUUAUAAUGAAUUAGUCUGAAUAACUGAAUUUCUACAUUCGAAUAAUAGAAUCAUUUAAAAGAAAACUAUAGUAGUU